GUAUUUAUAUACAUAACAGCGCUGUAGCCGCAUGCAUUUACCCAAAUCCCACGACGUAGACAGAAGCUACCGACAACCCGAAGGGAACGAUAUCCAUGACCAUGACGCCCUUGUCACUGUCAUUUUCGAGUCUGUUAAAGAAUAAGGAUUCUCUGCAGAAGUUUUUCAAUUGCUACAAUGCCUUCCACGCGCAGCACGACAUACCACGGUACUUCGGAAACCGAACGCCGUGGAAGAAGGCUCGGUUUUGGGAGCGGAAUUUCAGUGCGGUGUCCCGCAGUAGGUUUAUCGGCCAAGUGUUGGCGGAACAACCCUUUGCCAAAAACUAUGCGAAGGAAGCUACUAUGUGUACCACUUCUGCAAGUGGCCAAGACAUGACCAACUGGUUGUGGUCUAUUUACAACGAAACCAAAAAACAGACCGAAGCCCUGAUCCCUGUGAUAUCUAAGAACAGUGUGAACCCCGACACCAUCUUUGCCAACAACGAGAUGAGUCUGGGUGACAUCGAGAUCUAUGGGUUUGACUAUGACUACACUCUGGCCUUCUACUCCAGACACCUCCACACCCUUAUCUUUAACAUCGCCAGGGACAUCCUCAUCCAGGAGCACAGGUACCCUGAGGGCUUGCGAGAGUACGAGUACAUCCCUGACUUUGUUGUCAGAGGACUGCACUAUGAUGUCCAAAGGGCUUUGCUGAUGAAGAUAGAUGCCUUUCACUACAUACAGCUGGGAACUGUAUACAGGGGUCUUCACCCGGUACCAGACAAGGAGGUGAUUGCCAUGUACGAUGGCUGCCAUGUCCCUCUGGAGCACAUGAGUGACUUCUAUGGCAAGAGUUCCCAUGGCCACACAAUGAAACAGUAUAUGGACAUCUUUUCCCUCCCAGAGAUGAACCUUCUGUGUUCUGUUAACGACUACUUCAUGAAGCACAAUAUCGACUACGAGCCUGUCCACCUCUACAAAGACGUCAAGGAAGCGAUAGGAGAUGUCCAUGUGAAGGGUAUUAUGUAUCGGGCUGUGGAGGCAGAUAUCGAGAACUAUAUUUCCUAUGGAGAACAGACACAUGCUGUGUUGAAGAAGCUUUAUGAGGAUGGAAAGAAGAUGUUCCUCAUCACUAACAGCCCCUUUGACUUUGUGGAUCGGGGAAUGAACUACAUCGUGGGGAAAGACUGGAGAGAUCUGUUUGACAUUGUCAUCGUACAGGCCGACAAACCUGGCUUCUUCAACGACAGGAGAAAGCCCUUCAGGCGAGUGACAGAUAAAGGGGUGCUGCAUUGGGACAGGAUUCACAAGCUGGAGAAGGGGAAGAUCUACAAACAGGGAAACCUCUAUGAGUUCCUGAGACUGACUGGCUGGAGGGGGUCCAAGGUGUUGUACUUUGGAGAUCACAUCUACAGUGACCUGGCAGACCUGACCCUGAAGCACGGCUGGAGGACUGGCGCCAUCAUCCCUGAGCUGAGGAAAGAGAUCAAGAUCAUGAACACUGAGGAAUGUGUUCACCUGAUGACCUGGUUACAGGGUCUGACUGGGCUGAUAGAACACAUGCAGGUCCACAGAGAUCCAGCUUCUCAAGCUGUCGUCCAGGAGUGGAUCGAAGAGAGAGAAGCCAUGAGAUCGCAGACAAAGGACAUCUUCAACGGCCAGUUUGGGAGUCUCUUCCGGACCUACCACAACCCCACCUACUUCUCCCGCCGCCUGUCUCGUUUCGCUGACAUCUACAUGGCGUCCCUCAGCUGUCUGCUCAACUAUGACUUCCAUCACACCUUCUUCCCCCGUCGUACGCCCCUGCAACACGAGUCACCCUUCUGGCCCGAGCAGACCAGCGCCGGGGCCCUGAAGAUGCCCUUCAUACCCCCACAGAACCACAACUGAAGAGUAGAACUGGGAGUGGAGGGGGGGGGGUUCAGUGUGACACCCCGUCCGGGCUUGACUCAGACUAGAGAGGCGAGGGUGACGGGUUUCACUGCAACACUCCGUCCGAGACCUGAUCUAAGUAGAGAGUGGAGGGGGAAGGGGUUCAUUGUGACACUCUGUCUUGGCCUAAUCUGAGUAGAGAGGGGAAGGGUUUCACUGCGGCACUCCGUCCAAGACCUGAUCUGAAUAGAAAGGGGAAGGGUUUCACUGUGACACUCCAUCCAAGACCUGAUCUAAGUAGAGAGGGGAGGGGGAAGGGGUUCAUUGUGACACUCUGUCUUGACCUGCUCUGAGUAGAGAGGGGAAGGGACGGGUUUCACUGCGACACUCUGUCCAAGACGUGAUCUGAAUAGGGAAGGGGAAAGGUUUCACUGCGACACUCUGUCCAAGACCUGAUCUGAGUAGAGAGGGGGAAGGGGUUCAAUUGUGACACUCUGUCUUGACCUGCUCUGGACACAGAGCUCUCAAAUACCUGUUUCACUCUAUCAUGCUGACCUGAAACAUACAUAUCAUGCUGACCUGAAACAUACUGAAACAUAUGUAGAUAAGCCAGCUGAGGAGGGUGAAAAGGGUAGAAGAUGGUGUACGGGACUCUGCUGACUCGGACUUACUGUCUCUAUUUUCCACUGAUGUCAUCUCCUGUUGACCUUACUCUAUUUUCUACUGAUGUCAUCUCAUGUGGACCUUACUCUAUUUUCCACUGAUGUCAUCUCCUGUUGACCUUACUCUAUUUUCCACUGAUGUCAUCUCAUGUUGACCUUACUCUAUUUUCCACGGAUGUCAUCUCAUGUUGACCUUACUCUAUUUUCCACUGAUGUCAUCUCCUGUUGACCUUACUCUAUUUUCCACGGAUGUCAUCUCCUGUUGACCUUACUCUAUUUUCCACGGAUGUCAUCUCCUGUUGACCUUACGGCUGUCAGUAACUUCAAUACUGACCUGCUCUGCUAUUAUAAUCUCGCUAUUAUUGGUGUAGGUUGAAUUUAAAACAGUAACUCUUAAAUAUUUCUGCCAUAUUUCUGUUUUAGGUUGAAAACUAGCGGUAUGGUUAGUUUAGUACGCUAUACCAAAACACGACACAAUACAUUUGCUUGAAUGUUCUUGACACACAUACAGAAUGAAACCAAAUAACAAUUUACUCAGAUCUGCAAACUUGCAUCCAAACAAUAUACAGUUGAAGUCGGAAGUUUACAUACACCUUAGCCAACUACAUUUAAACUCAACAUUUAAUCCUAGUAACAAUUCCCUGUCUUAGGUCAGUUAGGAUCACCACUUUAUUUUAAGAAUGUGAAAUGUCAGAAUAAUAGUAGAGAGAAUGAUUUCUUUCAGCUUUUAUUGCUUCCAUCACAUUCCUAGUGGGUCAGAAGUUUACAUAUACUCAAUUAGUAUUUGGUAGCAUUGCCUUUAAAUUGUUUAACUUGGGUGAAACAUUUCGGGUAGCCUUCCACAAGCUUCCCACAAUAAGUUGGGUGAAUUUUGGCCUAACUGAGUCAGGCUUGUAGGUCUCCUUUCUCACACACAAUGUUUUCAGUUCAGCCAACAUAUUUUCUAUAGGAUUGAGGUCAGGGUUUUAAGAUGGCCACUCCAAUACCUUGACUUUGUAGUCCUUAAGCCAUUUUGCCACAACUUUGGAAGUAUGCUUGUCCAUUGUCCAUUUGGAAGACCUAUUUGUGACCAGGCUUUAACUUCCUGACUGAUGUCUUGAGAUGUUGCUUCAAUAUAUCCACAUAAUUUUCCUACCUCAUGAUGCUAUCUAUUUUGUGAACUACACCAGUCCCACCUGCAGCAAAGCACCACCACAACACGAUGCUGCCAACCCCCGUGUAACGACGUUCUUCGUUUGUCGAAAGAGAGUCGGACCGAAAUGCAGCGUGUUGGUUACUCAUGUUUAUUAGUGAAACAAACAACGGAACUAUACAUGAAAUAACUAAUAAAUACAAAACAACAAAACGGAACGUGAAACCUAUUACAGCCUAUCUGGUGAACACUACACAGAGACAGGAACAAUCACCCACGAAAUACAAAGUGAAAACCAGGCUACCUAAAUACGGUUCCCAAUCAGAGACAACGAGAAUCACCUGACUCUGAUUGAGAACCGCCUCAGGCAGCCAAGCCUAUACAACACCCCUACUCAGCCGCAAUCCCAAAUACUACAAACCCCAAUACGAAAAUACAAUACAUAAACCCAUGUCACACCCUGGCCUAACCAAAUAUAUAACGAAAACACAAAAUACAAUGACCAAGGCGUGACAGAACCCCCCCCCUAAGAUGCGGACUCCCGAACGCACCUCAAAACCAUAGGGAGGGUCCGGGUGGGCGUCUGUCCAUGGUGGCGGUUCCGGCUCGGGACGUGGACCCCACUUCAUAAAUGUCAUUGUUCCUCCCCUUCGCGUCCUGGGAUGAUUCACUCUCGCCGCCGACCAUGGCCGAAUAGUCCUCACCCAGAACCCCACUGAACUGAGGAGCAGCUCGUGACGGAGGGGCAGCUCGGGACUGAGGGGCAGCUCGGGACUGAGGGGCAGCUCGGGACUGAGGGGCAGCUCGGGACUGAGGGGCAGCUCGGGACUGAGGGGCAGCUCGGGACUGAGGGGCAGCUCGGGACUGAGAGGCAGCCCAGUACUGAGAAGAAGCCCAGUACUGAGAAGAAGCCCAGUACUGAGAUGAAGCCCAGCCAGGCAGUUGAAUCCGGCAGAUCCUGGUUGACUGGCGGAUCCUGGCUGACUAUCAGAUCUGGCAGAUCCUGGCUGACUGGCGGAUCCUGGCUGACUAGCAGAUCUGGCAGAUCCUGGCUGACUGGCGGAUCCUGGCUGACUGGCAGAUCCUGGCCGACUGGCGGAUCCUGGCUGACUAGCAGAUCUGGCAGAUCCUGGCUGACUAGCGGAUCCUGGCUGACUGGCGGAUCUGGAAGAGUCUGGUUGACUGGCAGAUCUGGAAGAGUCUGGUUGACUGGCAGAUCUGGAAG